AUGAGUUUUCAAAUUGCCGUCUAUAACUAUCAAGUGUUCCUCAUCUUUAGAGGACCAGAUGUUCGGGACAGCUUCCUCGAGUGCUUCCAUGACCCACUCAAGGGCGCGGGGAUUGUGGCAUUCCUAGACCGCAAAGAGAUCGAGUAUGGUGAAAGGAUUGAUGACAAGAUCGUGGAAGCCAUCAAGUGUUCCUACAUAUGCGUCCUUGUCUUCUCCAAGGACUUCGCUUCUAGCCCAACUUGCCUGAUGGAAGUGGCUCUAAUGGUGGAGUUCGAUAAAACCAUUCUUCCCAUCUUCUACGACGUCGAACCCUUCAUUGUCUCGCUACCAGGGGACAAAUGA